CCAUGUUUUAUCAGGGUCCGUUUUGUAAUAACGUCCGUCUGGAAUCACAACGCAAGCCGGAACCUUACGGCUGAUGGGGGCAGCACAUGUUGUGACACUGUAAACAUCGCGGAGUUGAAGCAAAGUCCAAGCAAAUUACAAGAUGGGCGAGGCGUCUGCAGACGCUGUCACCUUGGAUCUGCUGCGAGAAGCCAGGGAGACGGUGAGGAGCAGCCCCCUGGGGGUCAUCAACACUCCCAUGAUCCCCUGGUGCCAGACCACCCUGCCUCUCCACAUCAACUGCAGCGUCAGCAUCAAACUGGAAAACAUGCAGAGGACGGGGUCCUUUAAGAUCAGAGGAGUGGCCAAUCAGUUUGCCAGGAGGCCGUUGGGUGGUCAUUUUGUCACCGUGUCUGCAGGGAACUAUGGGAAGUCUUUUGCGUACGCUUCAAAACACUACGGGUCAAAGGGCAAGGUGGUGAUGCCCAAUACUGCCCCAGUGUCCAGGUCCAUCCUCAUACAGAGUUUCGGGGUGGAAGUGGAGCGAGUUCCCAACUCCAGCCUGAUGACGGUGGUGAACCGCUGUGUUCGGGAGGACAACAUGACAUUACUGCACUCAUAUGAUGACCUGGAUCUAAUAGCAGGACACGCCAGUCUCGGUAUGGAGGUGCUGGAGGUGGUUCGUGAGCCUGAUGUUGUGGUGGUGUGUUGUGGUGGAGGGGGGCUCCUGGCCGGUGUGGCUGCUGCCAUCAAGCUGUCGGGUUGUGAGAAGACCAGGAUCUACGGUGUGGAACCAGAAGGAGCCUGCACCAUGCACAAAAGCUUCAUUGAGAAGAAACCAGUGGGCAUGGACACCAAAAGCAUUGCCUCAGGUCUUGCGCCACCUUAUGCAGGCAGGCUGCCGUACGAGUUGUGCCAGCGUUACGUAGAGGCAAUCGUCCUGGUGAGCGAUGAGGAGAUCAAGGCGGCGGUGACUGUCCUCUAUGGGUCAGGACUGGUGGUGGAGCCGUCGGGCUCUGCUGCCUUCGCCGCCAUUGUCAACAACAAGAUACCCGAGCUGGAGGGGAAGAGCGUUGUGUGCAUUCUCAGCGGCGGGAACGUCGGAAAGGACGAGCUCGCCAACUACCCAGAAGUGACAGACGUCUGCAGCUCUACUUUAUGUGACUAGUCCUGACAAUAAUGUGCCAAUGUUUUGCUUCUGAGAAGGAAUGGAGGACUAAUUAUGUGACUACCUCAGUUUGUGCUGCAUCACUACAUACGAUUUGUGCCACAAUCUCAAGUAAAUCAAUACAUAUUUAAUUUCAGUGGAAAUGUUUUUUUCCCCCUGUAGUGUGUAGAAGUGGUUUAUUUUAAUAGCUGAGAUUGAAAAUGUGUGUUUAAAAAAGCAAACUGUUCAGCGUGAAAAUAAACACCCAGGUCCAAGUUA